CUAUCGCCUGGGUCAAUGUCUUGGUAUCAUACCACGACCUCGUUGGAGACUUCGACAUCUGCAAAAUGUCCGGAACAAACCGCCGCGCGAAGGAAAUGUUCUACACUGAAGAACGCGUUAUCCUUCGUGCUGUCAAGGACUGAUGGAGCUCUCACAUCUUUGUCUUACUACAUAUCGGUGCUUUCCUCUCGGUCAGGAACAUGAUGCAGCUGUCGGUAUAAUCAGUUCAUUCAUUCCUGUUCACCUACCGCGCUUUCCCUCCCUUCUUCUCGUCUCUCGUUUGCUUGUUGUCGGGCUACUACCCGUCAACUGAAUAUACAACCUCCAGCUUUUCCAUUCAUUCAUUUUGGUUUUCUUGAGUCGAUUUGCCCGGUUUAUCAUGUACUUUUCAAUUUCUCCAAUCCUUCUUCUGUUACUAGUCAGCCUUGUGGCUGCUGAGAAUUACAUUGUGGUCGUAAAGCCUGGAAAUGGCGGUGCAGUCGGCGGACUCAUAUCUUCGCUGCUUGGGAAAACCGUACCUGGCCUGCUCCAAUUCACUUCCGGGUCGUUUGCAGGCUUCAAGGCAGAUCUGACGCCGGCGCAAGUGGCACUUCUGCGAGCAAAUUCAAACGUGCAAUACAUCGAAAAAGACGGACAGCUAAGAACUUGGGGUGUGAUUCACAGAGAGAAUCAUUCAUUCAAGCGUACUGUCCUUACUCAAUCACCUUCGACAUGGGGACUCGAACGCAUUUCACAAAAGACCAAGGCGUUGGCGCCAUAUCAAUACGUCUAUGAUUCCACGGCUGGAGCAGGAACCUGCAUCUAUAUUAUUGACUCGGGAAUCUAUACCGCUCAUAAUGACUUUGGUGGCCGAGCGAGCUUCGUUCAAAACUUUGUCUCUUAUGAAACUGGUGAUGACUUGUCAGGUCACGGCACUGCCGUCGCCGCGGCGGCAGCAGGUACGAGCUAUGGUGUUGCCAAACUUGCGAAAAUCUUUUCGAUCAAAGUAUGCAAUCAAUCCGGGUCGUGCGACGUAUCUGCCGUUGUCGCAGGCAUCUCAGCGGCUACAAACAAUGCUCAGUCCCAGCAAUGUCCCAAUGGCGUCGUCAUCAAUCUCUCUCUUGGAGGACCCUCAGCCGGCUGGCAGUCCGUCAAGGAUGCCAUUAUUGCUGCUACGCAAGCCGGGGUCUUCGUUGUAGCAGCCGCUGGGAACGACCACGCAAACAUGAACAAUUAUCUCCCGGCCUCAGCAGCCGGAGCCUGCGCCGUAGGCGCGACCGACCAGAACGACGCGAUCUGGUCUUACUCCAACUACGGCUCAAUGAUGGCCGUCUUUGCUCCAGGUGUUGGCAUCCAGACUGCUGGUCUGGGCAGCCCCAGUGCUUCAGUGACGGUCGACGGGACCAGCAUGAGCGCGCCGUACGUAGCGGGACUCGGAGCAUAUUUGUGGGCCAAAAAUGGAAAAGGUGCGGGCAGUGCGCCAGGCGUAGCACUAUGCAACACUAUAAAAACCACUGCCAAUGCGAAUGUAAUAACAGGCAGUCUAGGGGGGAGCCCUAAUCGCUUGGCGUACAAUGGAAUGUAAUGACCCCGUAAUUAUUAUAUCUCGAUGUAGAUCAAAUGUUUCGCGCAAGGCUGAGGAACGAAAGGAGAACCUAUCAUCGUGAAACACC